CACUUCACCUGGUCUCUGUAAACCCUGCCGUAGCAUCCUGAACAUCAUUCAUAGAUCUCGUCAGGAGGAGGAGAAAUUUCUUGGGAAUGAUAAAACAACGAGCAAAACAGGAACUGCCAGGCCGGCUGGCUGUCCCAAUGGCUGAAGAAAAGCCCGGGUAUAACUGCACUGUCAGUGAAGUCACCAUUGUGAACCUAAAGCCUGAGAAAAAUCCCAUUCUCAUUUUGCCAGGAGGGAAGCCAGGGAGUGAAAACAGAAACCUUGGUUUACAUCCCCCUUCUCCAAAGAUUUCAGAGAUGAGGCUGUCCCAGGGAGACAAGAAAUUGUGGCCAGAAAAAGUGAAAAAAGAGGAGGUUUUGUCUCCCAGCCUGCAUCGUGCACAUGAGUUUUAUAGCAUGGAUAACAUCACCCUGAAGAGGCCAGUGAGGUUGGCCCCUCUGGAUAUCCCUGUGGAAGUAAAAGAAGCUCAGCUCCAAAGGAUUAUGAGCAUCCACAGAGAAACCCAAAUGGCUGCUCAGAAGCUGACCAUUACUACCAGCAAUGAACCCCAUGUGAAAAGGGUAAAGAAUCUGGCUCAAGGGGAGCUGGAAAACCUACAAAAGAUAAAGCUGAGUGAGAAGUCUGCUCUGGAGAAUAAGGAUGAUCCCCCACACCCUAAAAGCAGCAAACCCCUGGGAGAAAUUCAAAUUGUUUUGCCUCCGGAGACACCUUCUAAGCUGACUAAACAACCAGUUGUCGAAGAAGCUCCCAAGGCACUCCUGAAGCCAUUAAUUCCCACUCUCCAGGUAUCUGACAUUCAUGAAGAGUCUAACAGCCUUGACAGCACCCCCGAGCCAUGCCAGAAUGGUUCUCGGCGCCGAUUCAGAGUAAGGCACAUGAAAGAGCAGCAGGAAGACCAGGGGAAAGCUAAACCCUUAAAGGUCACAGAUCCAAGUGGUGGAGAAGGCAAGCAGAAAACUGCAGGUCAACGAGCACAAAAAACCCUCAGUGAUGCAAGCAAGCUCAUUGAAAAUGUGGCCAAAAAGCAGAAGGAACGAGGAGCCAAGCAAGAGGAAUUGGAUGAAGCUUCUCUUGUGAGGAGGCAGUCUACUCGAAGGAUGGGCUUGGGAGACAUCAUCCAGGUGGAUGAAGACUGAAAAUCACUUGCCAUGUAAUGCACAGAAGAUUUAGACACCAUAACUACCCAAGAAAAUGUUUUAGGCUGAGUGCUUGGAUAGAAGUCUUCAGAAGAUUUUCUGGAGACAUUAGUAAACCACAAAGUGAAAAUAAGUUGAUGUUGAACAUCUCAGUCAUUUCUAAGAUGCUCAAGCAAGUGGUUCAUAGGACAAAUAUCCUUCUGCAACACUAGAAAGGCUCCAGCUACAGUUCUGUGUAGCAUUGAGUACAACUUUUCAAGACAUGAAGGAAAAAUCUGGAUAUGAACUGGACAGGGGGAUCAAGAGAAAAACAGAAACCUAGAAAAUAUUGUGUCUGGGGUGAGAGAAAAAGAAAUAACGCAAUUUGCUCUAAAAAACACCCCCCACACACACAUUUUCAGCUGUAUCAAGGUUGUUUCAGAAAGACAAGACUAAAAUGUUCUCCAUAUAUAUUGCUGGCAGAACAA